AUGGGCUCGCCAGAUUUCGAUCAGGACAUCUCUCCUAUCCCCCGCUCGCGGGAGGAGAACCAAGAGAGAGCAUUCAUCGCCGCCUCGCGGCGCAAAGACCGCAGUCUGGAUGCGCGUCUGGAGUCGGCCAACCGGGCUUCGAUGUUGCAUAAGAAGCGCACCGGCAAGGCCUUCCACAUCACCAAGGAGAUCGUCGAGAAAGAAGCCAUGUACGAAGAAGUCGAUGAGCGCUAUCAAGAGAAGCGCAUCCGCAUGUUACAGGCCCAGAACAUGCAGAUCGAAGAGCAAUUCCACCGCCAUCUGCUCGCGGCCUUUGCGGCCCGCGCCAACAACGGUACCGGCUCGGCCGCCUCGUCCAUCCACAGUCGACGAGCCAGUAUGGCUCCCCGUGGAUCCAUCGAUGGCAGCAGCUCCUCGCGCAAGAUGAGCCUGGACCUGUCCAACCUGCGCUCGCCAUUUCCCCACGGCAUGGAAUCGGGCUCCCUCGCCAGCCCCAUGACGGCCAGCGACGGCUACGUGAUGUCGCCCUCUACCAAUUUCGACUCCAGCGCCCAGUCCUACAUGACCUGCAUGGAUGGCUCUGAUGGCACGGCCUCUUCCUACUCCAACAUGGUUGCAUCCACAGCCGCCUCAGCCUCGUCGCAGAUUCCGGCAUACGUCACGCAGCCAUCGGCAGGGGCACCACCCGCCCAAAUGCCCUCUGCCUGGCAACAGGUCCAACCCUCAUGGGCGACCAUGCAGCAGCAGAUCCCAACCCCCAACCAAACCCCUAAUGACAACCACGCCGUGCAUAUGUGGCAGCAGCAAAUGAUGCAGCAAGCGACAAUGCCUGCCGACCCGUCCCUCCACAUCCGGCAAUUCAGAGAUCGCCUGGCUUCCGCCCCAGAGCUACCCAUGCACAAUGGGAUGCCACCCGUCUCUGUUCCCUCCAUUUCCGGCCCCGGCACCGGCACCGGCACCGGCCACACUGGACUCGGCCACUCGCGCGGCUCCUCGCAGCCAAGCAACAGACACAGCUUCCACAACCUCCACCUCCUCACCCAGGGUACCCACCUGGCCCAGAUGGCGCCCUCCAGCACCAGCUCGCCUAAGAUCGAGUCUCUGUCCGCGGAGACGCAGUCCACCCCGGACUUCUGCCCGACCCCCAACACUCCCCUGUCGCCGACGGCGCUGGCUGCUGUGCACACCACCGUACCGACGACCAAGGAGGAUGAUGGUGUGAUGGUUUCCCACGAAGAAUUGGAUCCGGACUACAAUGAGUUCAGCCAAUUCGCACUGGGGCUGGGUGGGAACUCAUCUCUACAGGAGCGAGAGUCCUUCGGGUUCGACGAAUUUGUCACCAUCGAUGAAUUUGGCACCGUGUCAUGCUGA